AUGGAGUCAGAAAAAGCUUAUACGCCGACUGAGUCGGAAAUAUUCCCCGGUGCAACCAAUGCUACAUCCAAGACUUCUGCCGGAGCGCUUGAUGACAAUUAUGAACUGUACAAAAGCAAUCGCGGAACCGACGUUGACCCUCUUGAGGCUAAGAAAGUUUUACGAAAGAUUGGCUUCAGGAUUCUCUCAAUUAUCAUGGGAACCUAUGUCUUACAAUAUCUCGACAAGAACAGUAUCAACAUAGCAAGCGUGUACGGUCUGAAGAAGGAUACACACCUGAAAGGGCAGGAUUACUCCUGGCUAUGUAUGUCUUGUAGUAUUCUUUCUCAACUGAAGUUCCUAAUACCAUCAUAGCUUCCAUGUUCUUCGUGGGAUAUCUCGUAUUUCAAAUCCCUUUCGGUUUUCUUCUCCAGCACCUUCCCACAGGACGCCUACUAUCCUUUACCAUUAUUGCUUGGGGUAUAGUACUCAUCACUACUCCUGCCUGCGUGAGUUUUGCGGGAAUUGCGACAAAUCGCUUCUUCCUCGGUGCUCUCGAGAGUGCAACGAAUCCUGGAAACGUUCUCCUAAUGAGUAUGUGGUUUACCACCGAAGAACAGCCCCUCCGUCUUGAAGCAUACUACAGCACAACUGGAAUCGCAACCAUGUUCAGCGGGCUUAUUGGCUACGGUAUUGGCCAUAUCAACACUGGUCUACACAAAUGGCAAUAUAUCUUUCUCAUCUUCGGCGCCAUAACCAUCGCUUGGGGUGUCAUCUCUUUCAUCUUCCUCCCAGACAGUCCAUCUACCUCUUCUUUCCUCACUCCCCGCGAACGAGUCGUCGCUGUGGAGCGGGUAGCAAGCAACAAGCAAGGAAUCAAAAACAGAACCUUCAAAGCAUAUCAAGCUGUCCAGACGAUGAAAGACCCGAAAGUUUGGACCUUAUUUGUCAUGGUUGUCAGUUCGCAGAUACCUACUGCUGCUGUCACUAGCUUUGCGAGUAUCAAUAUUACGAGCUUUGGUUACAGUACCUUGGCGAGUCAGUACAUGCUGAUUCCGGGAGGUGCUGUGCAAUUCUUUGGAAUGUUGUUUGGGGGAUGGGUCGCUACAAAAUGGCCUGGGAUGAGGUGUAUCGUGAUGACAGUUUCUAAUACUAUUUGUAUCAUCGGCUCGGGCUUGUUGGUUGGUUUGCCUGCCUCGAACAAAGUGAGCAACGUUUUACAACGGUUAGGCAUGGAUUUCCAUCCUGAUUUCUUUUUGAAUCGCUGCCAGAAAAACAUCCAAGCGGUGCUAACAAUUUUAGUGGGGACGAUUGGUAGCCCUUUGGUUAUGUUAUUUUCAAAACCUGGGAUUCAGCAUGAGUCUCACAAUGAUCUCAUCCAACGUUGCCGGAUACACCAAGAAGCAACUCACUGCAGCAGUGGUAUUCAUUGGAUGGUGUAUAGGAAACAUUGCUGGUCCUCAAACAUUCAUUGCGGGGGAGCAACGUAUGUACCCAGCCUCUCAGAUUUCAACCAUGCUCACGCUGACCGGUCUCAGCCGAAUACAAAACCGCAUACAGAGCAAUGUUGAUUGGUUAUAGCAUUAAGCUUGCUAUGGUCUUUGUGUUGUACGCUUACAUGGUUUGGUUUAAUCGAAAACGUGAUAGGGAACAAGCUUUGGCUCCGUUGAAUGAGAAGGAUGCGAUUGAAUUGGGAAUGCACGAUGCUACGGAGUUUGAUAAUAAGGCAUUCAGAUACACUUUGUGGGUUUUCUGUUAA